CUUAAGGUUGAGGUUGGACAAGCUAUAAGGGUUUGUUAAAGUAAUUAGGUUGACCAUGUAUAAGUGUUGUAUAUUGACAGGGAACUUAUUGUCGAAGAACGAGAUGGCAGGCGAUGAACUCAAUCAGGUCGAUGACGUGGGCGUUAUGUGGGGUCAGCUGGUUGCUCUACUGGAUGGGCUCGUGGUGACGCGAUUCAACAUCCCGAAGGUUCCGAUUUUCCACUUCAAAGGAGAUAAGGUGUCAGAGUGGCUUGAGUUGCUCGAGCAAAUUACUGACGAGAUGACGGAAGAAGAAAAAUUUCGUCGAAUCUCUAAGUACGUCUGGUGGGAGAUGCGGCCGGAAGUUAGGCGGAUAGCAACUGAGGCCGCAGGAAAUUGGGGGAACUUUAAGGCAGAAAUGCAAAGGCGGUAUCAGUUGGGAGAUGACCUCCUUACGACGGAGGACUUGGAAAGGCUAGAGAGGUCUGAUUUCACGACGUUCAAGCGGGAGACACUUGCAGUUUUCCACUAUCUAAGGGUGUUCCGCAACUACCUUUUCGGAAGGAGGUUUGUGCUGAGAGUGGAUCCGACCACAUUGGCCGACUCUUUGAAGAACUAUGCACCGUCAGACCCAACCAUUGCAAGGUGGCUCACAUAUGUAUGGAUGUUUGACUUUGAGCUGGAACGCAUACCUGGGAAUAAGAAUCGGGCUGACGAGCUUAGUCGGAUCAAUUGGGAUAAGUCUGGCGAUGGAGCUAAUGAGGAUAUACCUCCGGUAGAUGCAUUCCUCGAUGAAGAGGAAGAUGUGAAGCUCCACAUCAAUGCGCAUGCCGUUGGGGUCAGUGGAGUCAUUGUGCAAGGGCAGUCUGCUUUUCUUACUCCUGCCGGAUACGUAAAGCGAGCAGAUAUAGUCCUCAAGGACUUCAUGGAGGAGGAUCCUUGGGGAGGGAAGGAGGUUGAGUGGAUGGCAAAACUUGCAUUGACUGAGACCUUCCAGUUACGAGAAGAUCCAUUGGCCAUUGAGAGUGGAGCCUACUCACUCAACACGCACGCGAAGUUUGUGGUGGAUGUCAGUUUUCUUGUCAACUCAAUUGUCCAAGUCCACGAGGAUGGAGAAGGGAGUCGAGACCCUGUGAGAGAUAUGGAAGAGGACGAGUUCGAGGAAGGAGAGGUAACGGAGGUUUUUCGCGCAGAUGAGUACGAAGGUGUAUACAGUGAAUUAGGUUUGCUUCUCUCAUGUGAGAUCAGGGAGAGAGAGACAACUAAGAAGGUACUCGAGAUGCGGCCUUGCUUUUUAGUCCGGGAUGGACACCUUUUCAUCAAAAACGAGGUUGGCAACCUGAGGAGGGUGAUCUGCGGCCGAAAUCGUCAGAUAGACGUUAUAGUCGCACUUCAUGACGGACCCGCAGACGGUCAUAGAGCAUUCGCCUUGACAUAUGCAAAGGCACGAGAGCUUUACUACUGGGAAGGAAUGAGUGAGAUGAUUCACAAGUAUUGCGAGUCAUGUAUUCCAUGUCAAAUCAGGGCAUCGACUAUGUACAAGGAGCCAUUGCACCCACGGAUUGUGCGAGAUGCACAAGUAGUGGUCCAUUUGGACCUACUGGCAAUGCCUCAGAGAGUGGGUGGCUACAAUUACAUCUUCGACGCGCGGGACAAUCUUACGGGGUUUGUUGAUGGGCGAGCCAUUCGCAGCAAGACGGGUAAGACAUUGGUUUUGUGCAUCUCCGAAUAUUUCCUCAGGGUUGGCUUUUCGAAGUUGGCCAUUAUUUGGAGGGGCGGGAGGAUGGUGGGACAGGAGGAUGAGCGACUAGCCACGUCUUUGAUACUAGACCCAUUUCGUUACGGGGGUGGACAUGUAUUUCCAUUUUUGGACGGGUUAGUUAGGCAGGUUUGGAUCCUUCAGUUAGAUUUUGCUCAGAUGACUGAGAGGGUCAGGGGUACUGGCAGCUAUGAGGAGCGUGUGGCUCAGAUCGUGAGAGAGUCAUUGGAUUGGAGGCAGUUCGCCAGGCGGAUGCUGAGAUUGCAGCCUCAACCCAUUGAUCGACAGGGUAGGCCCAUACGGUUUGACGGGGCUAACCUGGAUGAGUUCCUUGAGGUUUUCGUCAUUUUUGGGGAUGGACAGAGAUGGGCUGAGGCACAGAGGGUUAGGCAGGUACGGCAUUGGGUUGUCCCAGAUCUUAGACAUGAGGUGAGUACCAUGUCACAUAUGGUGCAGGCUUGGGCGGAGCUUAUAGCAACGCUUAGAGGGGCGUUCACCACUGACAGACGACGCAGGCUACGCAGAGAGGUUGGGGAUUACAUCCCGGAGCUCAGGGUACGCCAGCGAGCGCAGCUAGAGAGAGAUGAGGUUGAUGAGGGGCGAUCGCGAGAGAGGCGGAGAGAGAGUGGGCAGCCAGAGAUUCCACGCAGGCCUAGGACAGGCAGGCGCAGAGGACGUCAGGAUCGAGGGGAUGAUUUGGAGGAGAGGGAUCAGGUGCUGACUAGUGAUGUUGGGAAGGUGCUCCCCACAUAUGAUUUGGGGGUGGAGACCUUACCGAUAGGAUCUCAGAGGCAGGACGAUUCAUCUAUCCCUGAGAUUGGGACAUCACCAUUACCAGAGACAUGCCCGACUAAAGUAGGGAUCAGCGGCUGUGAUCCUAGAGAUGCGCCUGAUGUGGAUGAGGGUGCUCAACCUAUGAUCGGACAGGAUGGGGAGGAGGCUACCCCACGGCUUGUGUUGACGAUUGCUUCAGCCCGGCCUACAGAGACAGAUACCAUGGAGGGAGUGGUUCCCAAUACUGCAUCGGAGAGGCCUUAUCGAUGGAGAGACACACGGGACAUGGCAUUAGAUCUCCCACAAAGGGAGCUACCGCUUAUGAUAGGGUCUGCCACUAUAGUACCGAUGCAGGAGCACGAGGGGCCUCAGCCUGAGUGGCCGCGAGAGACGACACCGAUGCAUGGUGAGCUAGGGCAUGAUGGGCAGAGGGUCCAGUCUCGGUCAGAGCCGGCAACUGCGGCUAGUAUGAGGGGCCACAUUGAGGUCGGCGCGGAGCAUACCCAGGACGCAUCUCCGACUCAUGAGGAGGAGAGCUUGCCGGAGUCUCGGGGGCCGAUAGGUCACGAGCCUGUCAAGAGGGAUGCAUGGCUAGCCGAGAGGAUGGGACAAAUGCCAUCAUUACAUUUUCCAGGUUGGCUGGCUUUUGAGCGAUUGGGCUUGGCUGCGAGACCGCACUUGCCGGUUGAUCAGACCACUGGUGGGCUCAGGGUACUGUAUGACGACUUAACCUUGCAGAGGACCUAUAUUGGUAGUGGCCUCGUAGCAGCUCGACAGGCGACAGAGCAGGUCCGGGAUUACACGGGGAGAGUUGCCAUUCGAUCCUUUGAGUUGAGUUGCGGCAGACAGAUGAAGCACGAUGUACUGAGAGAGGAGGUGAGUGAUCUCUGCACGUUUGUUGAGGGAAGAGAGGUCCAGACUCUAGAGGAGGCCGAGGCGGUCCUCGGGAUUCAGGAGAGAGAGGCGAGUGAUUGGCGAGCCCAGGUUCAGAGGGUGCUCAGGGAGUAUGAGCCACCUGCUGACGCGACAAAUAGAGAUAGGCUCGAGCGCAGGGUUGUCCUUGAGACCGUGCGAUCGUCUGCUGACGCGACAAAUAGAGAUAGGCUCGAGCGCAGGGUUGUCCUUGAGACCGUGCGAUCGUCUCAGUUGGAGAGCCAGGUAUCGACUCUUGUCAGGUUACGGCGAGAGACUGAGGAGCAGACGCAGAGACUCUUCUUUGAGGAUGCGGCCACAGCCGGAUGGCAGGAGGAGGUUAGGAUGAGGAGACGGACAGGAGAGGAGCCUAUGCCUGAGGGCGAGCGUACGCAGGUGGAGGAGGGGCUUCAGGCGAGGUUGUUGUCUAAUGCCUCAGUGCGAGAGUUGGUGGGAGUGAUGGAGCAUGUCAGGAGACUCACGUAGACUGAGGAUGCACGAGGAGAGGUGCUUCAGAAUGUCGUACAGAGGAUCAGUGCUCUGGAGCAGGAGAACA